GUAGUUGGUGCUGUAUAAUUUAGUACUGAUGUCAAAGCUGAUUUCCACAAUUAAGAUUGAGAUUUAGAGUUCAGGUUCUCUGCUGUUUGGUACUGGAACGUGAAUUAGGAAUGGCAGCGCGAAAUGUACUAAGGGCAGCCAGGCUGGCUGUUACCAAAGAGAACAGACUUCUAAUUUUUGUGUUAGUUAGCCUUGUUGUUGCAGAAGACUAUGUUGGGAAAGAAUUUCACUGCCCUUGCAAAUCCGACUUUAGAAAAAAGUUUUUCUUUUCCUACCUGCUGAUACCUGCCUUCGUUGUUUUUGCUGUCAUGUAUUGUAUUAUGCGUGAGCUGCAGACAUCCAAUACAGAACCUCAACAGCAGGAAUCUAAUGAGGAAACUCAAGGGCUGGAAUCUAUUAGGGGAGCUCCGAUGUCUGGAAGACUAAAUGAAUGUUCAUUUAAACAGAUGUCUGGAAAAUGGAGACAAUUCAUUUUUACCUUCUGGUGUUUUAUUCCAAGUAUUUUUUGGAUAAUCUUAUUUUUCUGUGAUGGCAGAUAUUGGGCUUGUUAUCAUACUACAUUUGAAGGAGAUGCUGACAGCACUGCAAACGCUCCAUGGGAAUGGUGUAACACAAACCGAACACUGACUGCUGCCCAGAAGAAAGCAGAGAAAGCCUAUAACGACUCUAAGUUUGGAGGUUUCAUUGCCCUCUUGGUCUCCACAAUUGGAAUACUGAUAUUAUAUAUUACGUUUGAUAAACACCGUAGAGAAUAUGGAGUCUCCAGUGAACAGACAGCAGCAGAGCAGGGCACUGCUGAGGCACAGGAAAGUAGUGGACAGAGGACAACUACACAUACUGAAGCAGAAGGACUUCUAAUGGCAAAACUUCCUGCGACGGAGGAAAGCUGAACUCUACAUGUGUAAAUUUAGACGCUGAGACGCCGA